UGCUAUCGAUAUUAAUUGUUGCAGAACUAACUAGCUGUUUACGUUUUUUCCGCGCUGUCAGUUCAGAAAUUAGCAAAAACCUAUUGUGCACAAACUUAUCGCAUUUCAACAAUUUUCUCUGAAAGCGUGAAAUUAUGACUACGUGGAGGAAUUUACGUAUAAUAAGCAGUAUUGUGGUUGGUACUAGCGCAGGUUUAUCAGCUUACUAUUACCAACGUUUGCGCGAACCCGAGAAUCUAGUGCAGAAUGCUUGGCCAGUCUACAAUACGCCGGUUAGCGAUGGUGCACUCUGGGAUACCAAUUGGGACUUUCGCGAGCCCAGAAGUUGUGUGCGACCGGUUAAAAAUGAUACGCCACAAGAGCAGAAUCGUUACAAUAACGAGUUGGAGAAAAUGCACGUGAAAGCGACACGCCAUAUUGUGCUCAUACGACACGGUCAAUACUUGGAUGAUGGCAAACACGAUAAAGACCAUCACCUUACUGACUUGGGCAAAUUACAGGCAAAGUAUACAGGGCAACGUUUGCACGAGCUGGGCAUUAAGUGGGAUAAGAUUAUCGUGUCGACCAUGACUAGAGCGCAAGAAACUUCAGAGGUGAUACUUAAGGAAAUUGAGUAUGAGCCUGAAAAAGUGAGACACUGCCCUUAUUUACGUGAAGGUGCACCCAUAGCACCACAACCGCCUAUCUCCCAUUGGCGUCCUGAGAAAUUUCAUUUCUUCCAAGACGGCGCACGCAUUGAAGCGGCUUUCAGGCGCUAUUUCCAUCGUGCCGCUCCCGAUCAAGAGCAUGAUUCGCAUACGCUGAUCAUUGGUCACGCUAAUGUUAUACGUUAUUUCGUAUGCAGAGCAUUGCAACUGCCACCGGAAGCAUGGUUACGCAUCAAUAUUAACCAUGGUUCGAUUACCUGGCUAACUAUUAGACCAUCGGGUAAUGUUAGUAUUCAUCAUUUAGGAGAAACUGGCUAUAUGCCGGCAAAUGUAAUAUCACACCGUAUACCGCGUGAAACGAAAAAUGUUGUUUAAACGGCGCAAUAAUGCCAAUGUGAAUUUAAUGAAUUAAAAAGUAUAAGUUAAAAACCUUAGUGCAACUAGUAGUUCCUGUUGUUGUUGCGGCAAAAGAAAAUGAAACUAUUUGCAGUUAUUUAAGGUAAAUGCAGUGUUUAUAAUCUAAUUAAAUACAAUGGGUAAACCGAAAGUAGCCAGACAUGGUGGAAAAAAUUUAUUAAAAAAACUAGAAAACAGUGCAGUAGAAUAUUAUGUUUCUUAAAUAUCUAAAUUAUAUCAGUUAACUGCUCAUAACUACAGCUGAUAAUAGAAAAAAAUGAUAACCAUAAUACAAAAAAAAUAAAAUAUUACUACCUUACUAGAAUUAAAUUCAUUAAAUUUUAUAAUAAAAAUAUUAAAGCUGCCUUAAAUGAAUAAGAACUAAAGUUAAUGCAUGCAUUUAAAAAAAAAAAAUAUGUAUAUUUGUUUGAUGUUUCCUGUUCUAUUUAUAUUGUACUGUAACAUUCGACCUUGGCUGGGUAGUAAGCUGUCACAAACCCGUUACGUAAAUCAGACUGGAAUGUACAAAAAUAAAACAUUAAGCUCCAGCAACAGGCAUAUCUACAA